CCGAUGAUGGGUCAGAAAAAAUGACGAGGGGAAAACACUGGGCGGAUUACAAGGAUUGGAUAGCACGAGUGAUGCAAUCCCUGCAUCCUCCGAAGCCCCAAACGGAUCACUGAGAAUCUGGCCGGAGAUUUUGCCUCACCGAGUUUCAUUUAUGACAAUUACUACCUUCACCGAGCGAGCAGCACACUUUUAACAAGUGCCUCUUCGUUAGGAUUGUUUUUUUCCACGCCCGUGGAUUAGGAUCUAAACAUCAUCAACAUAAAUGGAAGGAGCUUGAUAUGGUAAUGCCAAUUGUUGAACUAGCUUCUCAGUGAUUGCUGCCUUGCCUGUUGUGAAGCACGACCUUUGCUUUGAGGUGCACCCUGGAGAAUUGCGUAUCGACUCAUUUUCACGUCUCGUUUUAAACUGAAACACUCGGUUGCACCCUAGAUAUCAGAUAGUUAAUCGGUUUUCCAUUCGUCUUGGAUUUUUUUUUUUUUUGCCGUGCAGAACCUACAGGGGGAUAAUUUACCGUCGCAUCCCUUUUCGUCUUCACUAUGAAUUACCUGCGACGUCGACUCUCGGACAGUAAUUUCAUGUCCAACUUGCCCAAUGGCUAUAUGGGCGAUUUACAGCGGCCCGAUCCGCCGCAGCAGAGCCCAGCCCCGGUGCUCUCUCCCGGCUCUCAAGAGAGACGUCAACCCCCGAGCCAGUCUACAGGCGCCGGCUUCUUUUCCUCCCUUUCCAACGCCGUCAAACAGACCACCGCCGCCGCCGCUGCCACCUUUAACGAGGCCACCGAGAGAGGAAUCGGCUCGAGCAACGCUAAGAUCCUCCUGGUCAUUGAUGACCAGCGGACAGACUGGGCAAAGGUGUUCAGAGGCAAGAAGGUGCAUGGAGAAUUUGACAUCAAAGUAGAACAGGCUGAAUUCUCUGAGGUUAAUCUGGUGGCUCACGCAACGGGAAGCUAUAGCGUGGACAUUGAGGCCAUCCGCAAUGGCAACAAAAUCACAAAGUGUUUCAAGCCAGAUUUUGUUCUGGUGCGACAGCAUGCUUUCAGCAUGGCCAAGAAUGGCGACCACAGGAACAUUGUGAUUGGACUUCAGUAUGCUGGUCUGCCCAGUGUCAAUUCCCUUCACUCUGUCUACAACUUCUGUGACAAACCAUGGGUGUUCGCUCAGUUGUCCAGAUUGUACAAGCAGUUGGGUCCAGAGGAGUUCCCACUGAUCGACCAGGUUUAUUACCCCAACCACAAGGAGAUGAUCACUACACCUGGCUUUCCUGUGGUAGUGAAGAUGGGUCAUGCUCACUCUGGUAUGGGAAAGGUCAAAGUGGACAAUCAAUACGAUUUCCAAGACAUUGCUAGUGUUGUGGCUUUGACAAAGACAUAUGCCACAUCUGAACCUUUUAUCGAUGCCAAGUAUGACGUCCGAAUCCAGAAAAUCGGUGACAAUUACAAGGCCUACAUGAGGACAUCUAUAUCUGGCAACUGGAAGACCAACACAGGAUCAGCCAUGUUAGAGCAGGUGGCCAUGUCUGACAGGUACCGUAUGUGGGUGGACGUAUGCUCUGAGGUUUUCGGGGGUCUUGAUAUAUGCGCUGUAGAAGCAUUGCAUGGUAAAGAUGGUCGAGAUUACAUCAUAGAGGUGGUGGGCUGCUCAAUGCCUCUCAUAGGAGACCAGCAGGAUGAGGACCGGGCUCUGAUGGCUGAUCUUGUUUUGGCUAAAAUGAACCAGACCAUGCCACACACUUCAUCUCCCACUCCAGUCCGUUCUCAGGCCCCAGCUGUUUCACCUCUACCCAUCUCUCAGCCUAAAGUCCCACAGGCACAACAGCGCCCUCCUCCACAGGAGGGCGAACAGCAGACUGACGGUUGGAGGGAAAUGGUUAAGGAUGUUCAAAAUGACGUCAUCAGAGAAGGAGGUCCACAACAAGCAGCUGCUAGCACUACUCCUGCCCGUCAAGGAGCCCCACCGCAGCAGAGGCCCUCUCCCCAGGGCCAGCCCCCUGCCCAAACCCAGUCUGUGACCAGCCCUAAUGCUCAGAACCCCCCUGCUCAACAAACCCGGCCCAAUCAGCCCCCACAGCGACAAGCAAGUCAAGGGUCUGCAGGUCAGCAGAGGCCUGCACAGGGUCCCGCCCAACGUGGCCCGGGUGGCUCUCCUCAGUCACAGAGGACCAAGGAAGGCGGUCCCCAACAGCAGCCGCAGAGGCCUCAAACUGGUGGCCAGGGUCCCAAGCCAGCUGGUCAGCCCCAACAGAGGCCACAGCAGCCAAGACAAGGCCAGCCAACCAGGCAGCCCACCCAGGGUGGCCCACAGCCAACCCAGGACGCCCCACAACCAGCCCCGCAGCAGCAGGGCGGUCCUCGCCCUCCUACCACUCAGCAACCACGGCCUACUGCACAGGGCCAGGGAGGCCCAGGAGGUGCACGCCCUCCCUUGCAGCAGAAACCCCAACCUCCACAGAAACCAAGUCCCGAUCACCCGGCCCUGAGUGGAUCGCCGCAGCUUAACAAAUCCCAGUCUCUUACCAAUACAUUCAACAUUCCAGAAACGCCGGCCGCCCAGCACCAAAGUCCUAGUCAGGAUGAAGCCAAGGCUGAGACCAUCCGCAACCUUCGGAAAUCCUUUGCAAGCCUCUUCUCCGUGGAAUAAACACAUACGCAGACACACAAACACAUACACAGACAGAGAGGUUACAAAGUCUUUCUGAAAAACACACAAACACAGACACUCUCGUCAAAUAUAAACAUAAAGGACCAAUUAUAUCGCACUUUGCAGUGCACAUCAGAUCUGUGCACGUCAAUUUGCAAUGCGACAUUGAUAAAACACUGCCUGCACUGCUAAAGAUUGCAAUAUGAAGUGAGAUAUCACAGCAUUAUUGCAGUUAAAUCUUUUAACACAACUGAAUUAUUUAGACACAUUCCCAGUUUUUUUGAGUCCAACUGAUGGAGGGAGGUGUGAAAACAACACACACAGAAACGCUCGCACACACCCUUUUACACUACCUACACAGUGACUGGACCUACAUGUGCUAAUACUUGCCUAUUCAUUCCAGUCUCCUAUGAUUAACUUAACACUGAUAAUCAAUCGAUUCAUUUGAAAAUGAAAAGUUUUGGUGGACAUUUUGUUACAAAAUCAUCCACUACCACUCUCUCUCAGAUAUAUGAUAUCUGAAACAUGUCUGCUAAUUGUUUGAAGCAUGUUCGGUUACAAUAAGGGGCACCAUUUAAUGAUUUUAACCCGUGCGCCACAUUGUAAUGUAACCGAAUGGUUAUUCGUUAUGUAAUUUACAUGCUUGAGCAAGAUUUGGAUUUUGCAAUGAUGACCCAUUGUGAUGUUGUUAAAAUUUUGCACAGGCUUCCAUCGUCGAAACUAACCCCCGCGGCUGUUAGCGCUACUUUGAAACUGCAUGUCACUUAAGGAGAACGUAGUCGCACAAUGUGGGUGGUCUUGCUUUGUGUUGUGUCGUUGCACCUAGAUAAGGUAGUUGUAGUGAAAACGUUGUUUCAUUUUCGUGAGCAAGCUGUCGCUGCUUCCCCUGCGUCCCUCUUCCUGACAACAAAACAAAAACAAAACACACACACACACACGCACACACACAAUGGUACACCCUUCAAUAUGUUUAAUAUGCCUUAGCCAGAUAGGAAUAAGUAAAGAGACUGGUUUUGUGCAAUCACAUGUCUCAGGGAUGUCCUGAAGAGAAAGACGCAAUGACCUAGCGUCAUUGAUCAGGUCUUCCAGCCCAUUACUGUAGAGAGUUACUGAUUGUGAAGGCCAGUAAAGGGAGGAAACUGUCGAAUGUAUUUGUUUGCUACAUAAACAUGUUUGCACACUAAUACUGUAACUCUUGAGAACAUAUGAGGUGAGUGAAAGCUCAGGAAGGUUUGUUGCAUUAAGAGAAGGUAAUUUUGCAUGCCUGGAUGAGCAAAGGAGAGCAUGUAGGUGUUUGGAGCUACUUGUUCAUCACACUUGGGCCCUAUGAAAACACAAAGCCAAAAUACAAAAGCCAAGGAUGCCAUCAGCAGCAAACGUCUUCACAAAAAGAUCAUCUUUAGAGGAGAUACUCGUCUCAUGUUGGGUUUUAGAUUAAAAUGCAUAUAGUAUGUCCCAGUGUGAUCCCUUUUGCACAAUGUGGAUCCUUAAACCAACUACUCCUGAAACUUCUCACAAUACCCGAGGAGUUUAGAGCUGAACCGGCAGCGUCUUCCGCAAGUGAGGAUAAAACAUCCCAGAACUGGUGUGUUUUAGGCAAUAUAUUUAGUCAAGGCCAUUCCAGGAGUCCCAACCCAUCCCGAAACCUCCCCUGCUUCCCGCUCACCAGCCUGUUGUGUAUUCACAGUGAUCCUUUUGUGACAAAUGGUGCGUUAAUGUGUAUAUAUAUGUAUAAUGUAAUGUUGUACCGUAAACUGUCUAAACCAAAUAGAAGUGUUGUACAGAUCUUAAACUCAACAAACGAUGCAAACGUCCUGUAUUUGAUUUGAUCCUCAAAAGGUCAUCGUUGUGGGUCUUGUGUAUGACAGGAUUUUACUUCAAUCAGAUGUGAUUUAGGUUGUGCAAUAUUUCCUCUAUUAACUAAACCUAACGGUUGUGUGUUCUUUAUUUUUCCCAUUUUGUGACAAUUGCAGUUGUUAAAGCCAUCUUCAGUGUGUCCAUUGAUAUGAUUGUAAGUGGCUUGAUUGGUUCACAUAUGUGGUAAUCUAGAUGGUCCACCAUGAUAUUAUUGUGGCUCAGGCAAACUUUCAAUGCUCUUCUAUGUGGUUCAUGUUUUUACAAAUUAGGAUAGAUAUGUAUGUUAUAUGAUGGCUUUACUGAAUGUCUAAUGAAUAACUGUAUCAUUGAUGCAAUCAAGUUUGGAGGCAAAUGGAAUUUCAGUAAUUUAUUUAAAUGUUGCAGUACUUAUGGAACCCAUGCCUGAGGUUUGUACUUCACAAGUUUUUGUUUUUUGGCAUAUUUACAUUUGUGUACUUUCCUUUUUUUAUAUAUAUACAGAGGAAUUAUCUCAUUUUACAGAAAAUAAGAAAUAGGUUUAUCCUGUUCUGACUGUUUGAAUCUUAGUGAAUUUUAUUGUCUGUUCAUGCCUGCCAAUUGUAUAAAGAAAGGAAGAUAUAAAAUUAAAGUCACAAAUAUAUAGAAUUAUAGUCUUAAAUCAUAUUAAAUUGAGAAAUAUUGUUAAACAUUGUGUAGUAUUACACAAACAGAUGCAACUUUGAUGUGAUCUUCAAUGUAGCUUAAUAAUGGUGUCAAAUUACUAUGCUAAAAUGUGCACAUAAUCAAUAAAGUCUAUCAAAUAAA